AAUGCUGCCGUGCGCCGCGGGAGCCAGGGGGCGUGGGGCCAUGGUGGCCUUGAGGGCGGGGAAGAGGACCCUUCUGCACACUCUCUGCCGCGCCUUCGCCUGCCGCGGCUCUCAACUCGCUCCGGAGCGCGGCGCUGAGCGCAGGGAUACGGCGCCCAGCGAGGUCUCAAGAUUCUGCCCUCCAAGAAAGUCUUGCCAUGAUUGGAUAGGACCCCCAGAUAAAUAUUCAAACCUUCGACCUGUUCACUUUUACAUACCUGAAAAUGAAUCUCCAUUGGAACAAAAGCUUAGAAAAUUAAGACAAGAAACACAAGAAUGGAAUCAACAGUUCUGGGCAAACCAGAAUUUGACUUUUAGUAAGGAAAAAGAAGAAUUUAUUCACUCAAGACUAAAAACUAAAGGCCUGGGCCUGAGAACUGAAUCGGGUCAGAAAGCAACAUUGAAUGCAGAAGAAAUGGCGGACUUUUACAAGGAAUUUUUAAGUAAAAAUUUUCAGAAGCACAUGUAUUAUAACAGAGAUUGGUACAAGCGCAAUUUUGCCAUCACCUUCUUCAUGGGAAAAGUGGCCCUGGAAAGGAUUUGGAACAAGCUUAAACAGAAACAAAAGAAGAGGAGCAACUAGGAGUCCACUCUGACCCAGCCAGAGUCCAGGUUUCCACAGGAAGCAGAUGGUCAGAGGAGCUCCUUUCACAGGGGCUCUGAGAAAAACUGGAACUGAUCACAAGAAGCCCCACAUCUUCCUAAGGGGCCCCGUGGCAUGUUUGGGGGCAGGGUAGGUCCUGGGGCACUGUGGGCUGCCUGCCUGCCGAUGUGGGCUCUAGGCCAGCUUGUUGUCAUGGACGUGGUGUCAAAUAAAGCCCAAGAACUGGG